AUGUCUAGUUUCACCUCAAUCGUCUUGGCCGAAAGGCCCAAAAGCGAAGUCAUCCCCAGCAAGACCUUCAAAGUCCAGAAACAGCCUCUUCCUCAGGCCAGCAGUCUUAAAAAUGGCGAAGUCCUCUUCCAGACGCUAUACCUUUCCCUCGAUCCGGCCAUGCGCGGAUGGCUAAACGACGCCCGCUCCUACGUUCCACCUGUCCAAAUCGGCGAAGUCAUGCGCGGCUAUGGCAUCGGUCUCGUCGUUGCGUCGAAAAGCCCAAAGUUCCCUGUAGGGAGCUACGCAAGUGGCAUGUGUGGUUGGACAGAGUAUACAGUGCUCAAGGACAAGCAUCUUGAGCCCCUAGAUCUGCCGCGCGGUGCUGUACCCACCGAUUCCCUGGGAGUCCUAGGCAUGACUGGAUUGACUGCGUAUUUCGGCAUCCUGGAUGUUGGCCAGGUGAAGGCAGGGGACUUCGUUGUGGUAUCUGGUGCUGCUGGUGCCACAGGUAGCGUCGUGGGCCAGAUUGCCAAGUUGAAGGGUGCGAAGGUGCUGGGUCUUGCGGGCGGCGACGACAAGGUUCGGUGGUUGAAGGAGGAGCUAGGCUUCGAUGAGGCAUUGAACUACAAGGAUCCAGAGUUCGAGAAGAAGUUCCGCGCUGCGACCAAGGGCUUUAUCGACGUCUACUUUGAUAAUGUCGGCGGCGAAAUCCUCGACAUGGCCCUCGCAAGAGCGAAGCCCCACGCACGGUUUGUCAUGUGCGGCGCCAUCUCCGAAUACAACAAGGGAGGCAAGGUGGUAGGUCCAAAGAAUUACCUCAUGAUCAUUUCUAUGCGUAUUCGCAUGCAAGGCUUCAUCGUAACGGACUACGCGGAUCGCUUCGUGGAGGCAAAGAAGGAGUUGGCACAGUGGCUGGAGGAAGGCAAGCUCAAGAGGAAAGAGACCAUUGUAAAGGGAGGGUUGGAGAAGGCACCAGAAGCCCUUGGUGGUUUGUUCAAGGGCGCCAACACUGGAAAGCUGAUAGUCGAGGUUGCAAAGCCUGAAGACGCGAAGGCGAAGUUGUAG